GUCUAACGCACCGCAGUCGCAUUUCUGACUCGAGAGUACGAGCUUGUGUCGUUCUAACCUCUAACGUUACAAUUGACGCGGUGGUGAUAGAAAAUCUUUUUCUUUCACUUUUAUAAAUAUAAAGUAAAAACUUAAAUCUUUCUCUGUCUCGCUCUUUCUUUCUCUCGGUAUUUUUAGACACGAAGAGAAACACGUUUCUCUCAAAUACCGAUAUUACACCUGAGAAGAUGAGCACGCCGGUGAAGAAGGUGCCCAUCCACCUGCAGAGUGCGCAGAAUCGAUUAUUGAUCAAGAAUGGAAAAGUUGUUAACGAGGAUGGUAUAAUCGAUAGUGACGUUUACAUCGAGGAUGGGAUUAUUAGACAAAUGGGCCGCAAUCUCAUUAUACCGGGUGGUACAAGGACCAUCGAUGCACGUGGAAAAUACGUAAUGCCAGGUGGUAUAGACCCGCAUACUCAUUUUGAAUUGGAAUUAAUGGGUGCCAAAACAGUCGAUGAUUUUUAUCAAGGCACGAAAGCGGCAGUCGCCGGUGGUACGACGAUGAUUAUCGAUUUUGCCUUCCCUCAAAAGGAUGAAACUAUUCUCGAAGCUUAUGAGAGGUAUAGACAGAUUGCGGAUGAAAAGGUUUGCUGUGAUUAUGCUCUUCACGUGGCUGUUACAUCCUGGAGUCCAAAAAUAAAAGAAGAAAUGACGUUAUUGACGAAAGAACACGGCGUAAACAGUUUUAAAACGUUCAUGACUUAUUCUUUCAUGUUGAGGGAUAUUGAUUUAAUCGAAGUAUUCAAAGCUUGUAAAGAAUUGGGAGCAUUGGCUAUGGUUCAUGCCGAAAAUGGCGAUAUUAUUGCUGAGAAUAUUAAAAAAUUAUUAGCUGCUGGAGUGACCGGACCAGAAGGUCAUGAAAUGUCACGACCUGAAGAAGUUGAAGCGGAAGCAGUGACCAGAGCUUGUAUGAUAGCAAGUCAGGUGAAUAGUCCACUGUAUAUCUCAGCGGUGUCGAGCAAGUCAGCUGCCGAUGUUGUGUCCGCGAAAAGAACCGAAGGUGUCAUCGUCUUUGGAGAAACUCUAGCAAGUAAUGUGGGUAUCGAUGGUACUGAACAAUACGGAAAAGAUAUCGAAAAAGCAAGAAGUUUUGUAACUAGUCCACCUCUAAGGCCAGAUUCGACUACACCUGCAUAUCUAAUCGAACAUUUGGCUCAGGAUGGUCUUCAAUUAACUGGCAGUGAUAAUUGUACCUUCAAUACCGAACAAAAAGCUUUGGGUAAAGAUGACUUUUCCAAAAUACCAAAUGGAGUUAACGGAGUCGAGGAUAGAAUGUCCGUGGUAUGGGAAAAAGGAGUACACGCAGGAAUUAUGGAUCCUACGAGAUUUGUUGCAGUUACCAGUACAAACGCAGCGAAAAUAUUUAAUAUUUAUCCUAGAAAAGGAGUGAUAGCUGUAGGCUCUGACGCCGACAUCGUUGUUUGGGAUCCUAAUAGGAAACGUACGAUUUCAGCUCAGACUCAUGUACAAGCUGUUGAUUUUAAUAUUUUUGAGGGUAUGGAAGUUCAUGGUGUACCUGAAUACGUUAUCGUAAACGGUCGUGUAUGUGUGGACGAGUGUGAAUUAAAAGCCGUUCAUGGUUUUGGAAAGUUCGUAGAGACACCGACGUUCUGCAAUUAUGUAUACGACAUGAUAGAAGAACGUGAGAAGAGACCUAGAGGUGUACCACGAACGGAAGCAGAAGCAAAAAAGUAUGCCGAGGAGGAUGCUGCUAUUGCUAAAGCUAGAGAAGCAGCAAAGGCAGCAGCCGCAGCAGCUGCUUUGCAUAAUAAUCAAACAAACGGUACUCAUGAAAGUCCUAAACCGAAAUUAGCACCAGUCGAUUGUAUACCCACUUUACCUGACUCUGCAAUUAUGACGCCAUCAUCGAAAGGUCCUCGAUUAGAAGGACAAAGAAAUUUACAGGAUUCUACAUUCUCUAUCAGCGAGGACGUCGAAGAGGCACGAAGAGCUUGCAUUCGUGUCAACAAUCCACCUGGUGGACGUAGUGCGGGAGGUUUUUGGUAAUUUUGUAAAAGAAAGCAUACACACAGAAUUGCUUGGCGGAUGAUCAAAGAGACAGUCGAAUUGUCCUUUUUUUCCUUCUCCUCACUUAUACUUUUCUUUUUUUUUCAUAUACAUUAUCAUUACAACGUUCAGUCUGCUUUUAUAGGUUUUGCUAAUCACCAAAUAUUAAGCUAAGUUUAGUUGAUUUCAUUGGUAUUCUCAUCGAUUAAGGUCUGUUCCAUCUAAGGAGGAUUUGGAGGCCACUACCCAGUAGGUUGUAUACUACUUGUAUUCAUUCACAUACACACACAACAUAUAUAUAUAUAUAUACAUACAUAUAUAUAUAUAUAUAUCUUUCUACUUCUCGCUUCAUUAUCUCGCUUUUAUAAUCGCUUCAUUGUCAAGUUCCAUUGUCAUUCCAUUAUCGCUCCGUCGUCGUUUUGUCGUCGCUUCUCACAUUUUGACCUUGGAUUCUCUUAAUAUUCCAAAAAUACGUAGAAACAUGAUCUAUAAUUCAUGUGAACAAAAAAAUAGAUCUAUCUUCAAAAUUAUUCAUAUAUAAAUAUAUAAACUGUUGAUCAAAUGGAUGUAAAGGAAAAAAAACGACGAUUUAAAUCGUUUCAACUUCCAAGGUCAAUUUUUGAGCUUUACCUAUUAUUAUUUAUUAAAUAGAUUACAAAACAUUUAAAGGAACUUUUCUCUCUAUCUUAUUCUCUCUCUUUGCUGUAAUACAUAAUUUUAUAUCUAACGUGUAGAUGUUAUCUUACGCGCUUAGUCAUUUUUAUAUACAGUUGCAUUGUCCUCAGGAUAGGAAACAAGAUAUGGAAAAAUCAAAAAUUAUCGUAAUUUCGUUUGUUUUUUCUUUUUCUUUUUUCUUUUUUCUUUUUUCUUUUUUCUUUUAAAAUAAUUGAUACCUCUUAGAUCUCUAUUAACAUUUUACUUUUACCCAUGACAAUUACGUAUAUAUAUAUAUGUAUUCAUAUAUUGAAAGAUAUACGAAAAUUUUUGUUUCAUAGAUAUCAUCCUCGACAGCCAAAAAUAUGUUUUUCCAUAGGCAUUAAACUUUUUACCUCUUUAAAAAUGUGACUAAAGAAGGUGAUUGUUUAGAAUAUUACGAUCUUAAUCCUUCAUAUAAUUACAGAAACUGACAAAAAAAAAAAAAAAAAAAAAAAAAAAAGAGACAUUUUCUUUUGUUGCGAGAUAAAACGUAUGUACUUGCAUUAUUAUUAUUUGUAUGUAUGUAUAUGUCUGCAAAAUCAAUAAUGUUGGAGUUGUAAAUGUCUCACAUACAACAGUCACAAGUGUCUAAUGAUUGAUUGGUUUAUGAAGAGAUUUAAUAAUAUGUUUGUUUUAUAUUCGAAAUUUAUGUUAUAGUUGUAAUGUUAUGUCUUAUUACAGGUAAUGAUAAUAUAUUUGA